AUGUCGGCUCAUGGCCGGUGUCGUGUCUCCCUGCCACUGGACAGGGACACACUAACAGCCAUGGACGAUGCUAUGGCCAUCACUCUGACGUACCUUGGCAUGGCUGGUAUGAUGAAGAAGACUGCCACUGCCGAAGCGCAGCAGGAAGGUCGUUCUUGUGAUUACACCAUGUCCAAUACAACGCCAGGGGAACUGGUUACAGCCAUGUAUGACAACACUACCCCGCCCAUCGAGAUGACGACCAUUGUGUUUCCACCAGAAUACCACAGACUUAACACAGUGAUUGAUUUCUUUAACACGUAUUAUAUCUGGGUCAUAUUCGGUUUUGGAUUUCCUGGGAAUUUGAUGAGCUUGUGUGUCAUCGUUGGCAUGUCAAAACGAAGAUUAACAACGUCGUUUUUUUACGUUGCAGUUCUUGCCGUCGUGGACAAUAUUACAAUCAUUCUGAAGAUUGUUGAAAAUCAAUCUCGAAGUCACGUGAAGUUGGUAUUUGAUGAAACUGGGUGUCAAUUUCUAUUUUUCUUUGGUUUAACCUGUGCAGCAUUUGCCAACUGGAUUCUGAUUAUAAUAUCCGCGGAGAGGUUAACAGCAGUGGCGUUUCCAAUGAAAGUGGCUCUCAUCUGGUCCUUGAGGAGGGCGGUUGGCGUCAUAGUUUGUGUGUUUGUGUUUAUAGGCCUCAUCCACGGUCACAUCUUCGCCACUGUCACCCAUCACAGCAACUACACAUGUACGGUGAAGGACCAGUUCCAACAAUACAUCCACCCCUACUGGUACUUCACCAGUUCUGCGGUUUAUGCAUUCAUCCCUGCCACAUGCCUGAUUCUUUUCAACGUCCUCAUCAUUCUUUUGCUUAGGAGGUCCUCCGCCCAGCGACGGAACAUGUUGUCCCAAAGCGACCCGUCCCUCUUAGAAGCACGUCGUCAGGAGCGACAGGUCACAAUCAUGCUCGUCGUCGUCGCUGUCACCUUCCUCGUCCUCACCAUCCCCAGAUGUAUUUCCGUCAUCGCCUUCCACAGUAUGUGUACAAACAACUCGGACGUGAUGUGUACUGCACGGAGACAGCUGUUUAGCACCCUUACUACCCAAAUUGCUGACACCAACCAUGCUAUCAACUUUUACCUGUACUUUCUGACUGGGAGAAGGUUCCGGGAAUACUUUCUGAAGUUUUUCAAGUGUAGAGGAUUAUUGUACAUGAAAGUGUCGAGUAGCAACACCCAUGUGUCAGAACUGCCUCUUACAGACUCAAGGAUUUGAGAGCAAGUGGUUGUGUUUGUUUGUUUGUUUGCCGCACUCAGCAGUAUUUCAGCUAUAUGGCGACGGUUUGACAUGAAAUCUGUCAGCCAGUUCAGCAGCCCGACCACCCGAUCUCGUAAUGGGUCUGUUACAGCAAGCACGGGUUGCCUAAGGCCAAUUCUAACCGGGAUCUUCACAGGUAAUCAACCGGGAUCUUCAACACUGUGUGUUGUCCACACAUACAAGAAUAGCUCACCUACAUGUUGGUUUCCUGUAACUGGUAGUAUUUUGAGAACCAGUGAUUCAUAUUGUCAGCAAAGACCCAAACCUUAGAGAUUCGAUUUAUCAACUAAUUCUUCGAAUCUUAUCAUCUGACCAAUAUCGCUGACCCUUAGAUGAUUAUUUGAUGGCUGUGGACCCAUUUUAGUGUUUAAUGUUUGUUCGUUUAACGGCCCGCGGGCGUAUCAUAUAAUUUACUAUUAGUAAAUACCAACCUGGAGUAAUCUCCGUUGAGUUGUAACGCUCAGAGCGAUACGUAAUAAACUGACUCGAAUUCU